CUUUGCUGCAGUUUCAGAAAUGACCAGUAGGUGGCAGCGGAGAGUUUGUGGAAAAUACUAACGCUGAAGAAGAAGAAUUAGGAAGUGACAAGCGUGGGCUUAUAUUUACAGACUGACUUUUAUCAUUCACAGUACGAUGUUUGCAGACCUGAACAGCAUUCUCAACACCAGCCCUGAUGACGUCAGACAGAGGGAAUUUAUCCUGCUGUCUGACAGGAAGGCAGAUGCAUCCUUCCUCAUCCAUCACUUCCUCAGCUUUUACCUGAAGGCUGGCUGUAAAGUGUGUUUUGUGGGUCUGGUGCAGUCGUUUAGUCACUACAGCGCCGUGGCUCAGAGGCUGGGAGUAAACCUGGUGCAGGCGAGACAGAAAGGUCAGCUGGUUUUUGUUGAGGCUCUGAAGGCUUCGGCUGCGGUGAUGUUUAGUGAGAGCACUGAUGAUGCAGCACAGAUGUUUGAUUAUCUCAGGUCCCCAGUCCCAGAGCUCAGAGCUCUGUUUGAGAGUGUGUGUGCGUCUCUGAUUCAGGCGGAGGCAGACUCGAGCGCCCCCCCGGUGCUGAUCGUGGAUGAUGUGAGUGUGUUGUUGAGUUUGGGCGUCAGCGUCCGAGCCGUCCUGGACUUCACACAUUACUGUCAGGCCAACAUCUGCUCCCGGCUCCAGGGUUGUGUUGUAACUCUGGUGCGAUGUGACGAUGAUGAUGAAGAUGAAGAUGAGGAUGAUGAUGAGAGCUCCAAUCGUCUCCUUCGGGCUCUGAGUCAUCAGUGUACUCUGUCCCUGCGUGUGGAGGGGCUUCAGACCGGUUACUGCAGGGACAUCCACGGCCAGGUGGAGAUUUGGUGGAGAGGAACAGGAGAGGACGUCCAGAGUCAGAGGAGGCUCUUUCAGUACAAAGUUUACGACAAAAGUGUGUCCUUCUUCGCCCCGGGAACCUCGAGCGCCGUUCUCUAACAGCGCACAGUGAUGGACUGAUGAUGAUUUAGGAUUCGGACUCUGAUUCCUCUCGAACAAAAACUGUUCUUAUAAACAUAUGUGUUCCUGCACAUUUGGACGCUGUGUGUGCUGCGCCUCAUCGUGGUGUUCAUGACUGAUUAAAUUAAAGAUUAAAAGAUUUUU